CAACCAGCAAAACUUAACUAACCACUGCUGCAGGAUGAUGGGACGCUUAGGAAGAGGCUAUCUGAGACUACUGCAGACAUACACCCUGCCAACUCAGAUGGCCACUGCUGCUGUCAUCUUUCCAAUCGGAGAUGCGAUCUCACAACAUCUCAUCGACCAAAAACCAUGGAAGGACCAUAACUACUCCCGCACCUUGCGUUCAAUCACUUACGGAACUCUGGCCUGGGCACCCAUCGCUUAUAAGUGGAAUAAGACACUCAACCGGAUCACUUAUCCAACAUCAAAACUCAAGACGGUACUAUGUAGGGUAGGAAUCGACAUGGCCCUCUUCACCUCCUUCGCGACCUGUUACUUCUUCACCUGCAUGGGCUUCCUGGAGGGCAGAACCUGGCACGAGAUCAAGGCCAGGAUCGAGCGAAAUUAUAGUACGGUCGUAUGGACGAACAUCGGGAUCUUUGGGCCCGCACAGAUCAUCAACAUGAGUCUAGUGCCCGUGUACGGACGCCCGCCGUUCCUGAACCUCGUCUCGCUGGGCUACAACUGUUUCCUGGCCACCGUCAACAACAACACGCCCUCGGUCAUCCCCACCGUCUCGGCCGAGAAGCUCGUGAUCGCUAAUACCACUUGAUCAUCCCCUCGCUCCUCCGUUUAAUUUAUCGAUCCCCUCCGCUACUUCGCAUCUCCGAACGAAGCCUUCGCUCUUUCUCUUGUCACCAUCUUUCACUCACUCUUCCUCUUCCUCCUCUCUCUCUCUCUUGCUUUUGGGCUUUCAUCUUGGGCGAUCUCGCGUUCUCUCUCUCUCUCUCGGGCUUUCGGCUUCUUUUCUGGCAAUGCCGGCUGGCGGGAUCGAUGGCCACAUUUUUCGGGCGCCGGUCUUCGUUCUGAGGUCCCUUUUCUUGACUCCAAUCUCGAUCUUUUGGGCAUCAUCACUUUCUUGAAUAAUAGAAUAUCACAGUCAUACGGAUAGAUUAGAUAGAAUUCGACACGAUCUCAUUAAGCAAUCCUUUCCUUGAAUACUUUCUCUCUCUCUCUCUUGUUUUGGUAUGCUCUUGGAUCUACAUAUACAUACUUUCGAUUAGAUUAACUAUCAUCUGUCUACAAUUUCGGGUUUUCUUGAACCGCAAGGUCAUGACCAAAAUCAAUUCAUUGAUUGAUUGAUUGAUUCUUGCGUUCUUGGGUGUUCGUCUCUUCAUUAUAGAGUCGACUAUCGACGAGCCUUUCGAUCUUCCAAACACAAAAAUACUUGAAAUUCCUGUGGGUCUACAUACAUUAUCAUAGGAAAUCUUGCAGAGAAACUGUGGA